CCUCGGUUCUCGGCUGGAGAGGAAGCGGCGGCGGCGGAGGGUUGACUCGGUCUCACCUGUAAACACGCGGCGGGUCGAGGAGGGAGACUUCACCGCUGACAGGGACGAUAUUGCCUGCGGAUGUUUUCUUGAGGAACAUCUCAAUUGAGUCCUCGCUGUGACGGUUCGCUGUCAUUUUCUGUGGCGCGUUAAAGAGUCAGUUUCUGACUCGGGGUUUGGCGGAAGGCGCAUCCUGUGGCAUGGACUUGUAGAGCUGACGCCUGUGUGACUGUGUGAGUGUGUGUGAGUGAGUGUGUGUCUGAGGACAGUCAGCCGAGGAAGGAACACCCAUGACCGGUGAUGCAUGGUGGAAGAUGGUCAUGUAAAGUUUGAUGAGAGGGGCAGUGAGAGCAAGGGAGGCAGCGGGCUGGAGGAGAGAACAGCCGGACACUGAGGAAACACAGCCCCCCUCUGCUGCGGUGCCUGUGGCUGUAUGACUCUUGUACUCUGAUACACGCACCUAAAGGACCCACAGCACCAAAAAGACGACCGUGUGUGCUGUGAUGCUUCUUAUCCAUUUAUUUUCUGCUGUCAGUUUUGGUUUCUCCAGCAACACCCGCACUAUCCCGCAAUGGCUCGCUUCGAAGACGUACUGUCCAGCCGCUAUGGAGGCAGCUGUCCCGCGGGCCCGGCCAGAGGGGCCAGCCGGCAGCCAGGGCCACCGGGGGGCCCGAGGGUGUACAAGCAGACGAUGGCCCAGAGAGCCAGGACAAUGGCCAUUUACAACCCCAUCCCAGUCAAACAGAGCUGCCUCACCGUCAACCGCUCUCUGUUCAUCUUCAGCGAGGACAACAUCAUACGGAAAUAUGCCAAAAAGAUCACAGAAUGGCCUCCAUUUGAGUACAUGAUCCUGGCCACCAUCAUAGCAAACUGCAUUGUGCUGGCUUUGGAGCAACACCUACCGGCCUCAGACAAAACCCCGAUGUCAGAGCGCUUGGACGACACUGAGCCCUACUUUAUUGGAAUAUUUUGUUUUGAGGCUGGUAUCAAGAUCAUCGCCCUGGGCUUUGCCUUUCACAAAGGCUCCUACCUACGUAAUGGCUGGAAUGUAAUGGACUUUGUGGUGGUCCUAACAGGGAUCCUGGCCACUGUGGGGGCUGAUUUUGACCUGAGAACACUGAGAGCUGUGAGAGUUCUGCGGCCUCUCAAACUGGUCUCUGGCAUUCCAAGCCUUCAGGUGGUAUUGAAGUCCAUUAUGAAAGCCAUGGUACCUCUGCUGCAGAUUGGUAUGCUGCUCUUCUUUGCCAUUCUCAUGUUCGCCAUCAUCGGCCUUGACUUCUACAUGGGCAAGUUCCAUCGCACCUGCUUCAGGAUAGACACAGGUGAGCAGACAGAUAAGUUCCCCUGUGGCCUGGAGGCUCCAGCGAGGACCUGUGGAAACGGCACCUCCUGUAAGGAUGACUGGAUCGGACCCAACUGUGGCAUCACCAACUUUGACAACAUCCUCUUUGCUAUUCUCACCGUUUUCCAGUGCAUCACCAUGGAGGGAUGGGUGGAAAUCCUCUACUACGCCAAUGAUGCCUCAGGGAACACAUGGAACUGGCUGUACUUCAUCCCACUCAUCAUCAUCGGUUCCUUCUUCAUGCUCAACCUGGUGCUCGGCGUGCUGUCAGGGGAGUUUGCCAAAGAAAGAGCGAGGGUGGAGAAGAGGCAAGUUUUCCUGAAGCUCCGCAGACAACAGCAAAGAGAGAGAGAGCUGACUGGAUAUCUGGAGUGGAUCGACAAAGCAGAGGAGGUGAUGCUGGCUGAGGAAGACAAAAAUGCAGAGGAGAAAUCUUUGGAUGGAGCUUGGUAUAAAAGAAAACACAAUAACUCAGUGCUGAAGAGGACAAAGAAGAGUAAGAAUGAUCUCAUCAAUGCAGAGGAGGGCGAGGACCACCUCACUGACAUCUCAUCUGUUGCCCCCCCAGGGUCACCGUUUACCCGGGCCAGCGUGAAGAGCAAGAACGAGAACACAUCUUACUUCAAGAGGAAAGUGAAAAGGAUUCGCUUCACCAUCCGUCGUCUGGUCAAGUCCCAGAGCUUCUACUGGAUUGUGUUGUGUCUGGUUGGCCUCAACACGUUGUGUGUAGCCAUCGUGCACUACGACCAACCGGACUGGCUCACCUAUGCCCUAUAUCUGGCAGAGUUUGUAUUCCUGGGCCUGUUUUUGGCAGAGAUGUCCAUGAAAAUGUAUGGACUUGGACCCCAGAACUACUUCCACUCCUCAUUCAACUGUUUUGAUUUCGGGGUGAUCAUCGGCAGUAUUUUUGAGGUGAUAUGGGCUGCCAUUAAACCUGGAGCCUCAUUUGGGAUUAGUGUCCUGCGAGCUCUGAGACUGCUUAGGAUCUUCAAAGUCACCAAGUACUGGAACUCCUUGAGGAACCUGGUGGUAUCGCUGCUCAACUCUAUGAAGUCCAUCAUCAGCCUGUUGUUCCUCCUCUUCCUCUUCAUUGUGGUCUUCGCUCUGCUCGGGAUGCAGCUGUUUGGUGGCCAGUUUAAUUUUGAAGCUGAAACACCGACAACUAACUUUGACACAUUCCCAGCAGCCAUUCUCACUGUGUUCCAGAUCCUAACUGGGGAAGAUUGGAAUGCAGUCAUGUACCACGGGAUCAAAUCACAGGGGGGCGUUCAUAGGGGAAUGUACUCCUCCAUUUACUUCAUUAUUCUCACUCUCUUCGGAAACUACACACUUCUCAACGUCUUCUUGGCCAUUGCUGUUGAUAAUCUUGCAAAUGCCCAGGAGCUCACUAAGGAUGAAGAGGAGCAAGAGGUGGCCAUCAAUAAGAAACUCGCACUCCAGAAGGCCAAGGAGGUAAAGGAGGUCAGCCCUAUGUCAGCUGCUAACAUUUCCGUCACAGCUAAGGAGCAGCAGAAGUCGGUGAAGACGAUGUCGGUGUGGGAGCAGAGGACCAACCAGCUGAGGAGGCAGAACCGCCCUGGCUGUGAGGCCCUGUACAAUGAGCUGGAGCCAGAGGAGCGUCUCCGGCUGUCCUCGGCACUAAACAUCCGGCCCGACAUGAAGACCCACCAUGACCGGCCACUGCUUGUUGAGCCCCAUGAUGGGCCUUUGCUGGGCGAUCACCAGCACCACCAUCAUAAGCCCUGCGUGCUAGAAGAGGCUGAGACUGCAGACCCUUUGCUUCACCAGAAUCGCCAUCAUCACCGACACAGAGACAGGGACCGGAUCAGAACGAAAGAGGAGACAAAUGAUAAUGGUGACACUGGUGGGAAGCACCACGUCCAUCACAGUCGCUCCAAAGACAACGACGGUAGCCGGGGCAAAGAGGGAAAGACUGAGAGAUCCCACAGCCGAGAGGGAGGCAGAAAGCAUCAGCAUCAGAGCUCGGUAGAGGACAGCGGAGGCGGAGGAGUCACAAGUGAGAGAGAGCAUCGCCAUCAUCAUUCACAUAGGCAGGCCCGAGGGGGCAAUGGGACAGUGAGCAGUGGUGGGAGGGCAGAAAGAAGAGCCCGGCACAAAGAAGGGCGUUCUUCAAACAGGGAUGGGGAUGGGAAUUCCAGAGGAGACACUGCUGGUAAUGGUGAGAAGAGGAGACAUCGGACUCAUGGUUCUAGGGGCCAAUCCACCGCUGAGGGAGAGGAUUCCAACGACAAAGAGAAGACCCAUGGUCACAGGUUUGGGGACUCAGAGGGGGAGUCCCUAGCCAUCUCACCCCAGCAGGGCUCCGGAGGGGGCGACUGGCCUCCUGACCGACCAGAGGACUCCGACAACCAGCGGAAUGUGAGAAGAACGGACCAAACGUCCAGCCACAUUCCUCCUGUGAAGGUUACCUGUCCACCUGGAGAGACCACCCUCAUACAAAUGAACAGUAUUGACUCUGAGACAAUGCCCAUGAAUGAGAUGACCCUGGAGGAUCUGGGUCAAAGUGGACCCAGACCCAUCCUGCCUUACAGUUCCAUGUUCAUUUUUGGACGGACCAAUCCGGUGAGGCGGUUGUGUCACUACAUUGUGACCCUGCGUUAUUUUGAAAUGUCAAUCCUAGUGGUCAUUACUAUGAGCAGUAUCGCUUUGGCAGCAGAGGACCCUGUCUGGACAAAUGCCCCUCGCAACAACGUGCUUAAAUAUCUGGAUUACGUCUUCACUGGUGUUUUCACUUUUGAAAUGGUGAUCAAGAUGGUGGACCUGGGCCUACUGCUUCAUCCUGGAUCCUACUUCAGAGACCUGUGGAACAUUCUGGACUUCAUAGUGGUCAGUGGGGCGCUGGUGGCUUUUGCAUAUUCGGGGACGAAAGGCAAAGACAUCAGCACCAUCAAGUCACUGAGGGUUCUGCGAGUUCUCAGACCGCUCAAGACCAUCAAACGUCUGCCGAAAUUGAAGGCAGUGUUCGACUGUGUGGUCAACUCUCUGAAGAACGUGCUGAACAUCCUCAUCGUCUACAUGCUCUUCAUGUUCAUCUUUGCCGUUAUUGCAGUUCAGCUCUUCAAAGGGAAAUUCUUCUACUGCACAGACGAGUCCAAGGGGCUAGAGAAGGACUGCAAAGGUCAGUUCUUGGAAUAUGACAAUGACGAGGUAGCUGCCAUGCCCAGAGAGUGGAAAAAGUACGAGUUCCACUAUGACAAUGUGCUGUGGGCCUUCCUGACCCUGUUCACUGUGUCUACUGGGGAGGGCUGGCCAACUGUACUAAAGCACUCUGUGGAUGCCACCUUUGAGGACAAGGGCCCCAGUCCAGGCUACAGGAUAGAAAUGUCCAUCUUUUAUGUGGUCUACUUUGUGGUCUUCCCUUUCUUCUUCGUUAAUAUCUUCGUCGCUCUGAUCAUCAUUACCUUUCAGGAGCAGGGAGACAAGGCCUUGUCUGAGUGCAGCUUGGAAAAAAAUGAUAGGGCAUGCAUUGACUUUGCCAUAAACGCCAAACCUCUGACGCGCUACAUGCCCAUGAAUACGCAGUCCUUCCAGUACAGGAUGUGGAAGUUUGUGGUCUCACCUCCGUUUGAGUAUUCCAUUAUGAUCAUGAUUGCUCUCAACACUGUGGUACUCAUGAUGAAGUUCCAUGGCGCUCCAGACUCCUAUGAAGCCAUGCUGAAGAACCUCAACAUCGUCUUCACCACUCUCUUCUCUCUGGAGUGUAUCCUCAAGAUUAUCGCUUUCGGUCCACUGAACUACCUAAAGGACGCCUGGAACGUGUUUGACUUUGUCACAGUGUUGGGCAGCAUCACUGACAUCCUGGUGACCGAAAUCAAGACAACGGACAGGCUGCUGAACCUGAGCUUCCUGCGGCUGUUCAGAGCCGCUCGGCUCAUCAAGCUGCUGAGGCAGGGUUACACCAUCCGCAUCCUGCUGUGGACCUUCGUUCAGUCCUUCAAGGCCCUGCCAUAUGUUUGCCUGCUGAUUGCUAUGCUGUUCUUCAUUUAUGCCAUCAUUGGGAUGCAGGUGUUUGGCAACAUUGACCUAAAUGAGGACACAGAAAUCAAUCACCACAACAACUUCCGCACGUUCCUUCAGGCUCUCAUGCUGCUGUUCAGGAGUGCGACUGGUGAGUCCUGGCAGGAAAUCAUGUUAUCGUGUUUGAGUCAACGAGCCUGUGAUGAGCGAUCAGGGAACCAUGGGAAGGAGUGUGGCAGUGAUUUUGCCUACUUCUACUUUGUCUCCUUCAUCUUCCUCUGCUCCUUCCUGAUGCUGAAUCUAUUUGUGGCUGUCAUCAUGGAUAACUUUGAGUACCUAACCAGAGAUUCCUCCAUCCUGGGACCUCAUCACCUCGAUGAGUUCAUCCGGGUUUGGGCCGAGUAUGACCCAGCUGCGUGUGGGCGACUCAAGUACCGCGAUAUGUAUCAGAUGCUGCUCCACAUGUCCCCACCCUUAGGUUUGGGAAAGAAAUGUCCACCAAGAAUCGCCUACAAGCGUCUCGUCAAGAUGAACAUGCCCAUCGCCGAUGACAACAGCGUUCACUUUACCUCCACCCUGAUGGCCCUGAUUCGAACCGCCCUGGGCAUCAAACUGGCCUCAGGUAUGGUAGGUCAGCGCUUGUCUGAUGCUGAGCUGAAGAAGGAGUUGUCCACUGUGUGGUCCAACCUCUCACAAAAGACCAUGAACCUGCUGGUGACGCCACAUAAACCCAAUGAACUGACGGUAGGGAAGGUUUAUGCCGCCCUGAUGAUCUUCGACUACUACAAACAGAACCGAGCGAGGAGGCUGCAGCUGCAGCAGCAGCAACAGAACGCAUCAGGCUCCCAGUGCAAGGUCGGGGCUCUGUUUAAGCCAUUGCUGCCUCUGACUCACAUGCAGGAGAAAGACCUGCCUAUGAUGUUUAACAGUGUGGAGCCUCCAAGCAUUCUUCUGCCCCAGCAGAAAUCCCAUGUCAAGUCGCAGCCACAGACCAGACCUAGCUCCAACUCCCUCAACAACGGAGUCACGCAGCCUGGUCAUGAUCUCAACAUCAAGGCAUCAUCUUCCUGGGUGAUGGAGAAACCCAAGGAGGGGCCCCGAGCUAAGAGUAAAAGAAGCAUGUCCAGGGGCCCAUCAGAGGAUACACCAGACAAUGCCAUCAUUCAGGAGUCAGUGGAGAUGAGGAAGAUGGAGACCAGUGUCAGCAGUACAAUCCCAGUCCCUGGCACAGGUCUGGAGAACCAGGGCAGAGCUGCUUCUAUGCCUCGACUCAGUGCUGAGCUGCAGUCUGUCCCUGAUGCCAGCUCUAUGAAGCGCUCUGCCUCCACUGCGGCUCCACAACGACCCCAGGAGGUCAACCUGAGGGACUACACCCUGGAGAAACCCAGCCAGGACCGACCUCACCACCAUCACCACCACCACCGCUGCCACCACCGCCGAGAUCGAGAUAAAGACAGGGAAAGAGAGAAAAGGCAAAGGUCUUUGGAUACACCUCUAGGUGGACAACCUCCAGGCUCCGCGGGUGCACCAGAGGAGCCAGCAUCUGACCCAGCUGCCUCCAGAGAGCGGCCCCAUGACCGCGGACGCUCACACGAGAGGAAACACCACCACUCCUCUGUGGACAAGCAGCGCUACUACUCCUGCGACCGCUUCUGCAGCCGGGAACACUGCCACAGCAAAUCUGCCACCGCUAGCUGUGCCGCCUCCCCCUGUGAGGGGCAGGAAACCAGCAACAAGCAGGGCAGUGGUUGGGUUAAAGGCAGCCCAAUGGCAUUGAGUUCCAGUUCUAGCACGCCAAGCCGCGGACGUCGACAGCUCCCCCCGACCCCCCUUACCCCACGGCCAGGGGUGGCCUACAAGACUGCCAAUUCCUCCCCCGUGCACUUUGUGUCCAGCCAGGCCUCUGUGAGUCCCGGCCGGCUGAGCCGCGGCCUGUCGGAGCACAACGCCCUCCGGCACAGCAGCUCCCACCACAUCCCCUGCCCCGUCACUCGUAUAUGCUCCGAGCCCUUCCUGGGCCGGAGCCAAGGUGAUGCCCUGGGCAGCCCUUACAGCAGCCUCCGGGACCAGCUGGACAUCUUCCAGGAUGUGGCGUCACUCUCGCCCAGCCCCCGUACCGGACGCUCAUCUUGGACCGCACUGCCUCGCAUGAUGGGAGCCCUGCCUCCGGUUCCACAGCAGAAUCUUGGGGUGCCCAAUGGGUACCACUUCAGCUUUGGGGGCAACACCAGCCCAGGCUCUGGCGUCAGGGCACCCAGGUAUUACCAGGAGGCAGAGGAGGAUGAAUGGUGCUAGCAUGGCUUUAAACCAACCUUUUUAAUGCAUUUUGAGGAACUGUGAUGAGUUUUAUCAUCGUCUUUAAAGGCUUUAGUUUACAUUGUCACUGUGUGUUUAAUGCUGUAUUUGAAUCCUAACUGAGUGAGCUAAGGUUGGGGAGAACAUCUAUAAAAUGAGAACGCUUCAAAUGGGUUAUAUUUGAAUGUGAUCAAGACAUCAUCAUCUUUGUCAAAGGGCACAUAGCAUCAACAAACUGAGCAGUAGUCAGAUACAUGUAUCUUUCAGUAGCUAUCCUUGAUUUGCUUUGACUUCGGUGUUUUGUUGACACCAUCAUAUCGACCCUCAAACUGCAUUACAGUACAAACACAAUGUACAUGUAUGUUACAAUGGUAAUACCUCUUUGCUUUAAUGGUGUACAGUAGAUAGACCAGCAGACCUGCUAUGUGUCAUUCAUAAGUACUGUGUGUAUACCAGGGAAACAAUUUAAGAAAACACAAUGCUAUGUAUUUCUGUUCUAAAGGAUGUUCCAUUUAGUUUUUGGCAAAAUAUUUUACAAUAACCAAAAGCAGCAUUCAAGUUUUUUCUGACAUUUGGAGGCAGCACAACAAACUGUAAACAUAACAUUAUUGUACUAUCACUGAAUCAAGUUGACAAGGCUAACGCGUUAACUAACUACACCCAGCAGACACGGUGCAACAGUAGCAUUCAUUUGGACUCGUGUUUCUGAUCAGCAGAGAAUGAAACUCCAGCAGCAAAGCUCCUUUCCAUCCAAUCAUGAGAAAAAUAUCUUCAUCUGCUAAAUGCUAUUCACAUGAUAAGAGUCAGAACAGUAAAGGCUGUCAAAGCAAAACAAAAAGCUGAAAAAAUCUAAAACAUUCAUUGGGCUAGAACUACUUCGGUUUCAUUGCUAGAUUUGGACAAUUUUUAAGUUGUACAUGAUCUGAUCUGUUUACCAGGUGAAAUGACCUUUGCAAAGACAUUUGAAAACAAAACAUGAUGAACUGAGAACGCUGCUCACUCAAUUCAGAUUAACACAUAGAACCAAACAGCGCUGUUGAACUGGAGUUAAACAGACACUUCAUCAUUACACCCAACAGCACAACAUACCUUAUAACAGAGCACCUCGUUUUUUUAAGUUAAACUUUGCUAUUGAUUCUAACAGUCGCUGAAGUGCGUUUGAGAGUCACUAUGGCAGGUUCAACACAAAGUGAUGGCACUGCCGACAUUGAAACGGGACAAAAAGCAGUCAGUCCUUCAGUGAAAUAUUUGGAAAUAAAUAACCUCAAAGACAUUAUGACACCGUACAAAUGGCUGUGAUGCUCUUUAGUGUAGGACCGUACCAUUCUAUGAUCAUGCUUAAUCCUUUCUGACAUUCCUCAGAAUGUGCUUUCACACAGGCUGCGGCCAUUGUUUAUCUGUUUCCUGUUUCUUGCAAACUUGAAGAGAGAAGCAAAAGUAACCAACUGACAGAUUUAAUUUCUAUAAAAACUUUUCUUGUAGAUGUUCUUUUUUCUUUGAGCCAUUUGUUUUUGUACGACAUGAAAACAAAACAUCAAAGGUGUGUUUUAUGUGAACUGCUUCCAGUUUGCCAUCGUUUCAGGUCUAAUGUUUCUUGCGAUGUUUUAUGACGAAGUGCCUAUCCUUUUAGAUAUACUGUAGAAAAAGAUGCAAUGUCAACUGUUUUCUAAUGCAUCCACACUUGAGUAGAUGUUUGGUUACUUCUGGAUGUAGCUCUGCCGGAAAACAUGUUAUAAAGAAAGCCUUAUCUGCGAGGAGAGAGAGAGCGAGAGACGAUAACCUACAGUACGUUGAAAAGACAGGAAUCGAAAAAUUACCUUCUGAACGUUGAUUAUUUUUCUUGUUUUUGAUAAACUACGUGUAGGUGGGGCAGCCAGAAUAACAUUGUGGAAAUGCUCUGAAAACUGCUUAAAGAUAUUUAUCCAGUUAAAUUAAUGCCAGUAACACGUUGUGCAUGUUUAGAUUGUAGACCUGUUCAAGCACCUGCUCUGACCAGCUCUUUUCUAUAUGUGUAUUGGAAAGGAUGUCACAGAGGGAGCCUGAUAAGCUCCUGUCUUUGGACUGUUCUGUGUGUGUGUGUCUGUGUGUGUGUGUGUGUGUGUGUGUGUGUGUGUGUGUGUGUGUGUGUGUGUGUGUGUGUGUGUGUGUGUGUGUGUGUGUGUGUGUGUGUGUGUGUGUGUGUGUGUGUGUGUGUGUGUGUGUGUGUGUGUGUGUGUGUGUGUGUGUGGAUUAAAAUUAACAUCGGUAGGCAUCUGAUAUAUUUUGCAUUUAUUGAUCCAGUUUGAUGUAUGGUUUGGUUUCUUGUUUUUUCACUCUCUCUUUCACUUCUGGCAAAAACAAAAAACAACAACAUGGAUCCUGUAAUGUCAUGCCAUGUAUUUCCAGCAGCUACUGUACCAUGGACAUUGACUGCAGGACUAGUUACAGCAAACUAAUUCCUUCAUAUAAAACAUCAGGAUUUGGAGUGGGAAUGAAAAGGUUCAGUUUUUCUAGAGCUGCCAGUUUGUGCUGGAGUUCAAAGGUCACACAAGAGGAAACAGUUUAGAGUGACUAACUUCUCCACUCACACUAACAACACACCUGCAUUGUUAGCUAUGUCCCAAAUCCAUACCAUAUUCAAACUGAUCUGGAUUUCAGUUCAUACAGUGUUCACGCUGAAAAAACUCAAAAAUUUGAUCAUGUAACUCUUCCUGAACUUUUGUUGUGGUGUUGAUAGACAAAGAAAUGUACAUUGGAGACUUAUUUUCGAGCAUUUGAAGUAUAACUAGAAUGGCAUUCAGUAGGAUGUAUAUCUCCGCUUAAAUCAAUUCUCUUAUGCAACCCCAAUAAAUUCAUUAGAUCGGGAUUUUUUCUUGGAUCUGCUCCAAAUAGCACAUACUCAUGAAUAUCAAAUCAUAUCAUCUGAUAUGUGGAAAAAUACCUCAUCUUGCAAUGUUACAGAAAGUGAAAAUUAUUGUACUAUCUCUCUGCAUAGGAAAAAGGUCAAGUAAAUAACGACAACUGUGAGGUGUUGGCAUAAAAAAACUUGAAUAAAUACCCAAAACAUUUAUUAUUUCUGCUAAAUUCAACUGCCAGUAUCAUUCCAAAUUGGCAGUUUGGAUUGUUGACCUUCCUAAAAGUAAAAAUUGUAAAAUACAGAUUUCUUGUUUGAAACCAGUUGUUGGCAGAUAUAAAACAGUUUAAUACAGACUUGUUAGAUUAAGGUAUAAGGAGUAGUGGAUCCUUUCUGGUGGACAAACUACAGUGUAUACUGAUGACGCCAAACACACUGUAAACUAUCAUUAUGCUGUAAGGAAUUGGGACUCAGCUAACUAAAGACUUACUACCUUCUUCUGGGGCUUGUCAAAAUGAAUUCAAGGAAAUGUAGGACAACCUUUAGAACUAAAAGUACAACAGAAGAAGGUUUGUCACGUGUGAUCGGAUAUAAUUACUGCGUUUAAUACCGAGACUCUAAUAAAAAACUAAAUGUCAUUUGGCUCUGUUAGACUGUCACCUAAAGAUAAAUGAAAAACAAAACAAUUCCUGAAAUCCACAGAGCUGACACCAGUAAGGCUUGCUGCCUUACUCACCUCUGCUUCCAAUUUAAAGGGAGAAGUUCUGCAGCUGUCAGAAUUCUAGAAAAACACCUUCUCACCAUCUGUAAGGACUGUGUCCACACCUGGAACCACUCUGCUCACAUAUACGUGGGCUGGAUUCACACACAAACCAUAAAUGUUAUAUGCAACUUUACUUUGUGCACAUGGCUGAUGUCACCAUUAGAUUGUCUGUGGUGAAACUGGGAUAAUCUGCAGCAGCAG